AUGGCAUUAGAUAAUCUUGAUUGUCCCCCAUUACCUGUUCGUUGGUUUUAUGCUGUAGACGUUCCAUCAUGGGACCCAUUAAAAACACCAAAAUCAAAUAAUUCUAAAACGCCCCCUGAAGAAAAGUGUCCCAUGGUAUGGGUUCCCUUUUCCAAGCGUGAUUCAAACUCAUUAGAAGCUGCUUAUAAACUUGGUGUACCAGGAAAAAAAGUUUGUUGUAAUGAAGAUUAUUUAUUUGAAGUUGAUUUAGAUAAUCGAGAAAUUACUACAUGGUUUUAUCAAGGCGAUGGCAAUUUUAUUCCAUGCGAUGAAAAUUUAUCUAUCCAGAUUGAGGAGGGUGGUAUACGUCUUAUAAGAGGAUAUCCCGAGGUCGAAAAAUUUUUUAAAAAAAAAGCUACUGAGCCUGAAAAUAAAAAGGAAAAAUCAAAAGAUGCGAAUGAUCAGGAAACUAAUCAAAAGAAACAAGAUGAUGAUUAUGUUGAAUCUGAGGAUAAUGAUGACAGGGUUAUCGAUCAUUUAGUUCUUUGUAUUCAUGGACUAGGAAAUCGUGAGUUAUAUCCAGAGUACGGUUUGCGUAAUAAAAAAGGAAGCCAAUUUGGUAAUGGUAUACAAGUUAUACCGAUUCAUUGGCGGCAAGACAUUAAGUUUGGAAUUGCAUCAGAAAAUGAGCAAAUUCAACGAGACUUAAGUCUGGCUAUUAGUGAAGAAGGUCAGCCUACCUUGGAUGAAAUCACUUUAGAAUGUGUUCCGAAUUUAAGAUUAUUAAUUUCAGAUGCAUUAGUAGAUGAUCGUAAUCCAAAUUUUUUAAAAAUUGGUGGCAAAGUUUCGCUUUAUGGACAUUCACUUGGCUCGCUUUUAGCUUUCGAUGUUCUGUGCCAUCAACCACCAUUUGUUGGAUCGUUUGGUGGAAUAUAUGAAGAAAAUUUAUCAUCUUCUGUUUCCUUAAGUGAUAUUUCUAACCCUUUUUAUCGUUCACAAGAUUCAAAUAUUAACGGAUCGCAUGCUACAAUGUCUCCUGGAUUAAAGAUUGGAAGUAGAGAAUAUUAUAAUGCCAUUAGUAAGGUUAAUCAAUCAAAAACUUGGACAGAUAUAAGUUUGGGUAACGAAAAUGAGGAUGUACGGAACGGUGAUGAACAUAUAAAUGAUACUGAAACGAUUACAAAUGAAGGAAAUGAUGAUAGAAAAGAUGUUAAUGACAAACAAGAACAGAAUAAGAAAAUAUCAUCUGGAAAUCUUCCAUUUUAUGAAGAUAUAGAACAUAUGAUGCAAGAUUCUGGUGGACUCAAGGCUGUACAAUUAGGAUUUCAAGAAUUCGGUCUAAACGUUUCGAAAACAACAACAAAUAUACUUAGAUCUUUAAGCUUAUCGAAACCUAAUCCGGAUGAAUCAAUGAGUAAACGUAAGAAUAAUAGACAAACCAGAGAGAAACAUUUUAUAGAGCGUGAAUUACUUAAACGAAAACAAUUGAAAAAGUUAUAUGCGGAGGCGGGGUCUUCUAUAAGCUUAAUAAAUGGUGGCGAUACAAGAAAUUCUAGUCGUAGCAGUUUAGCAAGUAUUAGUAGUGAUGGUCGAACUAGUAUAGAUGGUCGAACUAGUAUCGAUGGUCGAACUAGUAUCGAUGGUCGAACUAGUAUAGAUACAGGAGUAACAAGAAAUUCAGUCGAUGCGAGUUUUGAAAUAGAACGUAGGGGUAGUAUGGAUAGUAAUUUGGGAGUUUAUGGUAAGGAAAGUCCCAGAGGGCUGUCUGUCGAGGCAAGGGAAAAGUAUUAUAUGUCUCAGGUUGAGUUGUCAUUGACAACGGAAAAGAAAGAAACGUUCUAUCAAGUGAAGACAUCAAGCUCACCUACGUUGACUGAAGGUGGGGAGUUAGAUUAUCAAAUUAGUGGAGAAGAAAAGUUGAAGAGCCUAAACAAAAACGUUAGUUACAUAUCUGCUAUAACCGACCAUCUUAAUUAUUGGGGCGAUUGUGAUGCAGCCUACUUUGUUCUGAGGGAGACUUAUAAAACUUAUGAUGAUGACAACG